UGUGAUUGUAUUUGUCUUAUUUUAAUUGUAUUCUUAUUCUCUGUUUUUAUUAUUUUCAGUGUUAUACUUCUUCAUGUUUAAAUGCUGUUGUUUGAUUCACUUGCUGUCUGUGUAUUUGUAUGGUAAAGCGCUUUGUAACUACAGUAACAAGUAUACUUUGAAAGGUGCUAUAUAGAUAACAGUUUUUAUUAUUAUGACCACAAUACUAUUAUCUUAAUAGCUGCACAUCUCAGCUCUCUGUAUCUCCGGCUGUGAACAGAUCUUGUUGUCAACAAGGCCGAUUAAUUCCCUAUGGUCCCAUUCUCAAGAGGGUUUUAGAUAUAAAAAAGAGUUUAAGGGUGACAGGUUUGGCUCCUCCUAUGACUCAAUGUGUGUGCUGUCACGUGCAUUGAGGAUGUGGCAAUCACAAGAGGAAAGUCGAUGUUGUGCAAUGCUUUUGUAGAACUCUGUGUAGUAUGUAUUGCUUCAGCUAUGAGACUAAACAAAGGCUUUGAUCUUGUCUUUUAUUCAGUUCUAGAGAGAAAAAUCUCCACCAGACAAACGAGGGAGGAGCUCAUCAAGAAAGGAGUUCUGAUUAUUGACCAAGAGGAACCAAUCAGCAGUGAAAACCAGAAUGGCCAUGCCACAUCAAGUGUGACAUCAGAAGAGGUCAAAGUUGACAUUGAGUCUCCAGAAACGGCGCUGGAGGAGCAGGCCACCGGGCCCGCCAGCACUGAAAAGAAAACAGAGAGGUCCGCCCCUAAACCCCUCGCCCGGGGAAAGCAGGUGAGACCUCGAGAUGUGCAAAAACAAAGACAGCAAAGCGCCACUCUGCCGGCUCCUUCCAAACCUGCGGGUAGCACUGCAGCCACCACCAAGCACAGGGAGGGUGCUUCGGGGAAUAAAAAGACUACUAAAACCACAGGCAAGACAGGCACGUCCACUCAGGCUAAAGCUAACCCGCGGAGCACUACCACCACUAGUCGUGUGAUUGACAAAUCCACCCAGCCAAAGAAGACAGGAUCCACGACAAAAACCGCCCCCGCCACCACCCCUCGUUCUCGUGCGUCCAAAGACGGUGGAUCAGAAACUGGGGGGACUAAUGCAAGGAACAUCCGGAAAUCAAACAGCUCUUCCUCCGUACCUCAAAAGGCCCCCGCAGAGACUCCUAGCACCCCCGGGCAGUUAAAAAGCUCGUCAUUUUCCUCAGAAACCAAGCAUGCCUCCUCUAAAGCCUCAGGCAGUAACACAGAGGGAUCUCAGGCUGCCUCUCAACCGGCUGGAGAGCCUAAAUCUGCUCCCAAAUGCUCCACUGCUGGUGAGGAGACACAAAAGGGUGUGGCCUCUGAGUCCACUGCCCAUUCUCCCCAUAUCAACGGUGCCACAGAGGACACUUCGUUCACUGAAGGAGAGAUGGGCAACAAAUUACAAGGGGAGAAACGGGGGAGAACAGGAGGGGAGGGAGGAGAGGAAGAAAAGAAGACACGAGAAACCGAGUCUGCAGUGGAGAACAGCCCCAGGUCUGCAGAGGGCCAGUCAGAAAGGACACAGGGCCUCACUGUGAACACAGAGAAAGCCGAAGUGACGGUGAUCCCCGAUCGGCCGAGAUACAGCACAACUAGCGACUCUGACUCUGAUGGACCAAUCCUGUACCGCGAUGAGGAGGAAGAUGAGGAGGAAGACGAGUACACAACCAGCCCCCUGGCCAUUAAGAUCCGCCGACGAGACACCCUGAACAUCAAGCUCGGGAACAGACCCAGCCAGAGAGAGCUGGAGGAGAAAAACAUUCUGCCGCGGAGCUCUGAGAUGGAGAGAAGUGAGUUCCGCCAGAUGAUUGGCUCCAAACUAGUCAGGCGCCUGAGCCAAAGACCCAGCACAGACGAGCUGGAGCAGAGAAACAUCCUCAAGCAAAAAAAUGAAUCUGAGGAGCAAGAAGCCAGGCAAGAGAUUAAAAGGAGACUCUCCAGAAAGCUGAGUGUGAGGCCUACAGUCGCAGAGCUCGUGGCCCGCAGGAUCCUUCGUUUCAACGAGUAUGUGGAGGUAACGGACGCCAAGGAUUAUGACCGGCGGGCGGACAAACCCUGGACCCGGCUUACUCCCUCCGACAAGGCUGCUAUCCGUAAGGAGCUGAACGAGUUUAAGAGCCGUGAGAUGGCGGUUCAUGAAGACAGCAAACAGUUCACCAGAUUCCAUCGGCCCUAAGUGCUCUCUGCCAGUUGGACGUCAGCAGCACAAGCUCUCGUGCACGGCUCCCUGCAGGACAGCUCACUCUGCUUGGGGACCCUCGUGCACCUGAUGUUAUGUACUUAUGUCUUUGGUGACGGCUACAGGUGUGUCUUAAGGCCUCGGCCAUCAUGGACACCAGUGAAACAUUUGCACAUAUCUACAGUCAGAAGACCAGUAGUGUGUAUAGCGCUCGGAUUAGAUUAUUUAUUGUAGAUAGCCAAAACCUGCUAGUAUAUUUGUUUUUGUUUCACUUCAGGAUGUGUCAUGAGAAGUCCCAGGGGGGGGAAAUGAUGACCCUCUUAGCAGUGAAUGUGGCUUAAUUGUACUCAAUGGUUUGUGUAUUGGCCGAGGUAUGCCUUGUCAUGAAGCUGCCAAAUGUCCAUAUAAGGACAUCCUCACAGAGCAGGAAACGGCAGUGAUUAUGUGCUGAUGUCAGUGCCUUUGUCAUAGAUCAGAUGGAAGGAGAGGGCCUCUUGGCGCUGUAUCUGAAAUACUGCAGUUCAAUUCAUAGACAUAUUUAAAGUAUAUGGCCACUAGAGGGCAUUAUAUCAUAAGAGUUAUAGAGAGUGAGGAUGAAGAUGUGUAUAUAGAUGAAGAAUAAUCUGCGAGUGUUAUAUUUAUAAUGGCUAAAGAUGGCGGGUUGCUCGGCACCUGAGGCCCUCACAGUGAAGUGCAAUGGAAAUGACUCCAGCUCUGGCCAAUGGUAAUCCCUCAGCAGUCCUCCUGAUGAUACACACUGAUCAUGUACCAUCAUAUGUAUUGUGUUGAGUAUUUUAGUGCCUGGUCACAAAGUGCUCGACUUGCUGUUGGAUCCACUUUAAGCUUUGACCUCCAAAGAAAAAGCAGACAUUUUAAAUGUUAAUCUUCUUAUUUCAGUGAUUUCAUCUGGCAGAUUCCCUUUGAUGGUUUUAUGAAUAGAGAAACAAUGCUCAGUUUCACCUCUAAGCAAAGUACAGUCCUCUCAAAGAAGUACUUUAUUUUCCAUUUCCUCGAACAUGCUUUUGCAUUUAAGCUGUCAGCCCGCGGUAGAUACGCAGGAGAGUGGUCCUUUUUCAAUCUUGUCCUUACAUGCACCUUGUAUCCAGCGCUGAAGAUGUGUUUGAUUCUAUUUCAAACCAGAACAACUGUUUAACUUUGGGAAAUAGACUAGAGCUGAAACAAUUGAUACAUUUUGCAAAACUACGUCAUUUCAGUCAGAUUUUAAGCAACGCUGCCAAUAAAUUGCUAGAGAGGUUGUGAUUUGUUUUAACCCUAAACGACAUCAAACUGAAUACUGGUUGGUUUUUCAGUAUUUUGCAUCUUUUUCUGAUGAUUUAUAGAUGAAACAUUUACAUUACAUUGCAUUUAGCUGACGCUUUUAUCCAAAGCGACUUACAAUAAGUGCAUUCGACCAAGAAGAUACAAACUAGAAGAAAACAAUCAUAUAAGUACAUCAGGUUAAAUAGAGCCAAAACAUUUCAAGUGCUACUCAACUAGCUUUAGGUAAUCCAGUCCUUUAUUAGUAUAUAAGUGCUUUGUUAGUCAUUCUAUCGCUCGAAGUGGAGUCGAACGAGAUGAGUUUUCAGUCUGCGCCGGAAGAUGUGCAAGCUUUCUGCUGUCCUGAUGUCAAUGGGAAGCUCAUUCCACCAUUUUGGAGCCAGGAUAGCAAACCCACGUGUUUUUAAUUGAAUCAUAUUUCUUGAGAAAAUAAUCAACAAAUACAUUGUCAGUCAAAAUCAUUGUUCCAGUGAUGAAAGGCACUUGUUGACUUUCUUGCUUUGUGUUGGAUAAGAAGAUCGAUUCCACUAGCAUGUGAUUAGCUUAGUUUAGCUUAGCAUGAACACUGGGAGCAGGGGGAAUGGUAAAGGUGAUGGUAGACUUUUUUCUUUAUCACAGAGCAUGAGAGUGGUAUUAAUCUUCUCAUCUAACUUCUGGCAAAUAAUGUGAAUGUUAGCUUAUCGCCAAAUGUUAAACUAUUCCUUUAAUUUCACAUUUAAGGUCAAAUAAAUGUCUCUGUGUUGUAGUUAUCUAAGCAGUCAUUGUGGAGAUUAGUAAACGGCUCUAUGUAUUAUUAAUGGGAUUUCCUUUUGCACUCUUAAAAAGAAGACUCUUACAUCUAAAUUGAUAUUUAAUGUGAGGAGUUUAAAUAUAAAGAUGUCAAGCUGUUUAUGCUUUAAUGUUCCCCUUCGGUGCAAUUUAAGAUGUUCUGCUUAAGGUGUGUGUUGAAGCAAAAUGCAAAAGCGGUCAAUUAAUAAUGAUUUUAUUGUUGUGUGUGAAAGCCAGAAUGUUUGCUGAGCUUACGCAAAAAAAAGGUUGGUGUAGAAACACAGAUAAUCUGAAUGUAUAACUUGCUCUCAGAUGUAUUUUAAGAAAUAAUUUGAGAAGAAAAACAAAAAGUGAUUUUUCUCCCCAGCACAUUGAACUGUCAAGGAGAUAUUUUUGCUGAAUAGUGAUUGACAGAUAGAGCUUGCUGACGUCUAAAUGCGUGUGUUCUCACAAUAGACCACAGACCUCAACAUGACGUCAUUAUUCACAAUAGUAACUGAAAAGAACACAUUUCUUCUUUGUGCUUCUGAAUCUGUGCGGAGGUUGUCUCAUGAAAUGAUGUACAGUGAUGGCAAACAACCAACAGUAUUCCUUCAUGUCAAUGUCUAUGUUGUUAUAUAUAUUGAUUAUUUUGUACAUAAUGUAUAUCGAGCAUGUGCAUACAUUGAAAUCACUUUUACUACCAGUAUGAUACAAUUGAACAUGUACAUGUUUUAAGCUCUGAUUUUAAUGGUCUUAUUUUUUUAUUAUCCCCAGACAAUAAUAAUGACAUCAACAGUUCGCUUCAUACAGAGAACAGUUCAUUCAAGGACUGUCCUGUUACCAGACCUUCCUGUUUCCUAAAUAGAUCACUGACAAAAUCAUUUUUCACUGCUUAUUUCCUAGUCUGUUCCACCUCCACUUCAACUUUAGUCAGCAGGUGCAGUGCAGUAGGUUUUUGAUGGAUGAAGACUCAGUUGAAAAGCAAUUUAUUAUCCGUUCCGGACUUCAAGUUGGAUUUAUUUCUUCCGAUAACCUUAGGUCACUUUGCACAAUGUAGGAUAUGAAAAUGUAAACUACAUUGGCUUGGGCACAGUUAAUUUGAUUGUCUGCACAUAGUGUGAAAUUAGCUUCUUUAUGUACCGUGUACUAAUGCUGAGUCCGAACCGCAGAGGCGCGGGUUCGACUCCCACCCUCGACCCUUUGCAGCAUAUAGUCCCAUCCAAAUCUCCCAUACCUCUUUAGCUAUGCUAUAUAUAAAGGAAACAGCGUCCAGAAACAUAUCUUAAGAAACAUAUAUCAGCCUCUUGUGUAUAAAGCUGAACAUAAUACAGCAAAUACUGUAAAAAAAUAAAUAACGCUUUAGAUACAAUCAAAAGUCUUACUUGGAAAGCUUCGAUCCAGUCAUGGCUUAGUAAACAUGAAUAUGCUGCUUGCAUCUGGUGUUGUCUAUUUUAUUACACAGGUGACUUUUUAAUACAGUGGAGUGCUGGUCUGGGCUGUCACCAUAUAGGGGCCCUUUUUAUUCUGUUCACCGAUGCACACAUCCAUACUUUAGUAUAGAAUUAGGUAUUGCGUCUAGUGUGGACGAGCAUUGACAGAUGGUUGAACCAGACAGUAUUAAUCACAAGGAGCGAGUCCUGUCAAACGUUUAUGACUGCAGUCUGUCUCAUCUCAUCUUAAAUGAAGCUGCAAGAUAAACACAAUUAACCUUAUCGAGACCAAAUCAAAGUGUUGGCACACCACACAGCCCUUGCAUUGUUGAUAAUGUGAAAUUAAUGCAAACAAAGAAUUCCUGCCAUUAGAUUACAAAAAAAAUACUUCUCUAAAAUUCCAGUUGAGGUGUUUUAAACAUCCACAGACAUCAACAAACUUUCCCCAGGUGCUGCUGUUUAUUUGCAGUACCGUGAACUACCACCAGUUCAUGAACAUGUUUACAUUUGAGGAUGUCUGCUCUUGUGAUGGUUCUUGAGGCUUCCUUUAUCACAUUCACAAAUCAAAUCGGAGAGCCAUAAUCUGACUGCCAAAAGCCUUUAAUCGUCAACAUGUUAUUUUAUCUUCAUCAUGUGCGAUUCACAGGAAGGUGAAGUGAUUUGCUGGAGACUCACAAGUGUCAGUCACAAUGUUAAGCCUCCAAUUUGAAAAACAGCCAUUGAAAUGCAUUGAUUUUUUCUUUUAUGAUCUGUGAAGUCAAAGGAUGAUGUCAUAUAUCCCCAACACAGCUAUUGUUAUGUCCAGACUGUGUAUAUUGUUUUUGUAUAUAAAGAAUCAUUGAAAAACA